AUGGAAGAUAAUGUUGAUGUUAAUGCUACUGAAAAUAUGGAAGAUAAUGUUGAUGUUAAUGCUACUGAAAAUAUGGAAGAUAAUGUUGAUGUUAAUGCUACUGAAAAUGAUAUCUUAGACGUUGAAAAUGUUGAUGUUGAAAAUGUUGAUAAUGUUAGUGACAAUGGAAAAGAUAUAUUUGAUCCGAGAAUUUGGGAUUCUCUUGAUUCCAAAAGUAUUGAUUUAUUAGCUACAAAAGGUCCUAAAAGAGAUUUCUAUAUUGUGAAGGGUCCUAAAGAUAAAUCGUCUAGACGCUUUACGGCUAAUUUGUAUACUAGAGUUUUAUCAAACGGAGAGAAGUUUGGUGAAAGACUUAGAGAGCAUGAAAUAGGCAUCGAACAUAUUAAGAAUAUGACUACUUGGUUUGAGUUGCGUCAUAGAAUGAAAAACUUUGAGACUAUUGAUAAAACAUCUCAAAGAUUAAUUAACAAAGAAAAGGAUCAUUGGAAAAGUGUUUUAAAAAGAAUUAUUUCAAUCGUGAAAUUUCUUGCUAAACAUAAUUUAGCCUUCUGUGGUUCUAAUGAGAGAUUGUACCAAAAUAGCAAUGGAAAUUUUUUAGGCUUAAUUGAAAUGUUAGCUGAAUUUGACCCAGUUAUCCAAGAACAAGUUAGACGUAUUACAAAUGAUAAUAUUCAUGUUCACUUUCUUGGAUAUAGCAUCCAAAACGAGAUAAUACUUUUGCUUGCUUCUGCAAUUAAAAAUGAAAUCAUUAGAAAAAUCAAACAAGCAAAGUAUUUUUCAGUGAUACUUGAUUGUACUCCUGAUGUCAGUCACCAAGAGCAAAUGUCUUUGAUAAUACGAUAUGUGAAUGUUUCUUUAGUUUCUGUAAGUGUUGAGGAAUCUUUUUUAGAAUUUAUGAAUGUGGAUAAUACAACUGGCCAAGGGCUUUUUGAUGUUUUACAAAAUGAAUUGAAAAAGCUUGAUCUUGAUCUAUUUGAUGUGAGAGGACAAGGUUAUGAUAAUGGGUCAAAUAUGAAAGGAAAACAUCAAGGUGUACAAAAGAAAUUUUUAGACAUAAAUCCGAGAGCAUUUUACACUCCAUGUGGUUGUCAUAGUCUUAAUUUAACCUUGUGUGACAUGGCUAACUCGUGUGUUAAAGCUAAAGACAUUUUUGGAGUUGUUCAACGCAUUUAUACUAUUUUUUCUAAUUCCACUAAGAGAUGGAAAAUUUUAAAAGAUAAUGUCAAAGGGUUGACUCCAAAAUCAUUAUCAUCUACUCGAUGGGAGAGUCAUAUAAAUAGUGUCAAAGCUAUAAAAUCUCAAAUGUCUGAUUUUAGAGAAGCAUUGCUUGAAGUGUCAGAAAUGGAUCUUGAUUCUAAAAUAAGAAGUGAAGCUAAAUCCCUAGCCACAAAUGAGCUUGGUGAUUUUGAGUUUUUAAUGAGUAUAAUUAUUUGGUUUGAAAUAUUAUACGAAAUUAAUUUGGUUAGUAAGCUUUUACAAUCAAAGAACAUGCUUAUUGAUGUUGCUAUGGAAAAAAUAAAAGGGCUGAUUUCUUUUUUUGAGAGAUAUAGAGAAGAUGGUUUUGAUAAGGCCUUGGAUAGUGCUAAGGAAAUUGCUAUUGAAUUGAAUAUUGAUCCAGUAUUUCCUCAAAGACGAAUAAUUAGAAGAAAAAGACAGUUUGAUGAGAAUUUGAAUACCCCGUCAGUUGAGUUAUCUGAAGAGGAAUCCUUUAGGAUUAAUUAUUUUCUCUACCUUGUUGAUCAAGCCAUUGCAUCUCUUAAAAUGAGAUUUGAGCAGUACCAACAGUAUGAAGGUAUUUUUGGUUUCUUAUUUACUUCUCAUAAGUUACAAUCAUUAGAUGAUGCAACCUUGGAGUCUUGUUGUAAUCAUUUUGAACAGGAACUGAAACUUAAUGAUCGAUCUGAUAUUGAUGGAAAAGAGCUAUGCGUAGAGUUAAAGUUAUUAAGAAACAUCUUGCCCGAAGAAAUAACAGGACCUAUUGAUAUAUUAAAAUAUUUGAAGGGCAUGGAUUAUUUUCCUAAUACAAUUAUUGCAUAUAGAAUUUUAUUGACUAUUCUUGUAACAGUUGCCUCUGCCGAAAGAAGUUUUUCAAAAUUAAAGUUGUUGAAGUCUUACUUGCGGUGUACCAUGUUACAAGAAAGACUUAAUGGCUUAGCAUUAAUAGCAAUUGAGAAUGAUAUCUUAGAGACAGUGCAAUAUGAAGACUUGGUUGAUGAAUUUGCUUCAAAAAGUGUUCGAAGGAUAGCUCUAUUUAAAUAG